AUGGCUUUCGCAGCUGCUGCUUCUCAUGCUUCACACACUUUGAGCUUACUCGGUAGCCCAAAACCAACAAGAGCAACUACUAGAACUUCGAACCGCCUGCAGGUGAAUCACGCUCGUGCUACUUUUCUUGUGCACGCAUCAACCUCAUCACCAUCUUCACAAGCGGAGGGUCCAAGCAAACGAGGAAGACCGCCGCCGGGAGUCGAUACCAGAAUCCAUUGGGAAAAUGAAGAUGAAGGAUGGAUUGGAGGAAGCAGCAGCAAGAGUACUAGUAAAACGCAACAGCAAGUAGAGCAAGAGCAGAACAGGGAUGUCUGGGGAAACAAGUUUGCUGAUUUGCUUGAUGACUCGGCUGAUUCUCACUACCAAUUUUUAGGAGUGUCAGCAGAAGCUGAUCUAGAAGAAAUCAAAGCUGCUUAUAGAAGACUGUCCAAAGAGUACCAUCCAGACACCACUUCUCUUCCACUAAAGACUGCGUCCGACAAGUUUGUGAGGCUAAGAGAAAUUUAUGAUGUGCUGAGUGAUGAAGAGAGCCGCAGGUUUUACAACUGGACACUGGCUCAAGAGGCUGCAAGCCGUCAGGCUGAGAUUAUGAGAUUGAGGUUGGAGGAUCCUUAUGAGAAAGAAGUGGAGACAUAUGAACCUAUCCCCGAUAUGGUGGAUCGUCUUGGUGGAAAGAAUAUGGCCCUUGGCGAUCAAGCAACGACUGCUCUAACCAUUGAUAUUUUCAUAAUCAUCUUUGCUAUUUGUUGCAUUGUAUAUGUGAUUCUAUUCAAGGAGCCAUAUUACUAG